AUGUUGAACUGCUAAAAUUUAAUAGAUUAAUAAACACAAUCCUAUUAGUGCUGCUUUCAAAAAUAUAUUUGCUUCAAAAUAUGUAGCAAUUACAAUAAUAAUAGAUUUUAAUGAUAAUUUGAUUACUUCCCAAUAAUAAGCAUUAUUAUCAUACUCAUUAAAUAGAUAACAUAUAUGUUUUCUAAAUGUUGUUGUAUUAAGCUUAUUUNAAUUAAAAAAACAAUUAAGUUCAGAUUAGAAUUUAUAUUAUCGCUCAUUAUAUUGGCAUCUCUUUAAUUAUUUUUAUGCUAUAAAUUUAAUUUCUAAAGAUUUAUAAUAAAUCAAUAUUCAAAGUCAUUCAGAAUUGAAUUUGGAAAUUUUAUAAAAGAUUGAAAAGCUCAAGAAUCAAGUUGAAGAAUCUGAAUCAAUUAUUAAUCAAAUAUUUGAAUUAUUAAAUUCUGCUCUAGAUUAAGUUAUAAAUACCAAUUAUAAUUAAUUUCAAAGCAGAAUAAAUUGUAUAAAAUAAAUUUUGCAGGUUUUCAUCAAAUUUCCAUCUGAUUAUGAAAGUGAAAUAGAUAAUGCUUCAUUAUUUUUGGCAAAUAGUAUCAAUUUCUAUUUUGAAAAGGAUAAUAUGAAUAUAUUUAAUAUAUACAUUGAGAGAAUUUCAAUAUUAGAAUUUGAUUUUGAAAAAUAUUCAGAGAACUAAUUUUGGAAGACUGGAAUCCUUCAUACAUUGAUAAUAUUGAAUUAUUUAAUAGAGAACUUUAAAUAAAUAAUAAUCUAAUCUUCUUUUUGCAGUUUUAAAGAUGUCAUGGUAAGGUCAAUAACUGAAUUCAAUUCUGAAUUCUUUAGCAAAAAACAAAAGCAAUAAUAGGAAAGUUUUCUGUCCUGA